AUGGUGGAAGCAGAUCAGCCUGGGAAACUGUUCAUAGGAGGCCUCCAUGCUGACACCAAUGAAAAUUCUCUGGAAGUGGUAUUUGGGAAAUAUGGUCACAUUAUGGAAGUUAUUUUGAUGAAGGAUCGGGUAACAAACAAGUCUAGAGGCUUUGCUUUUAUUACUUUUGAGAAUUCUGCAGAUGCAAAGGAUGCUGCCAAAGAUAUGAAUGGAAAGUCUUUGGAUGGAAAAGCAAUUAAAGUAGAGCGAGCCAACAAACCAUCUUUUGACAGCGGUGGUAAACAGAGACCACAACCUCCUGCAAGAAACAGGGGCCAUCUGAGAAAUCCGAGACAUGGAAGAGGUGGAAGAGGAGGAAAUGGAAGAGCAAGAGAGCAUCCCUCACGUGGAGGACACUUGGGUUGUGGUGGAUAUACUCCUGGUCUCAAUGCGAAUUCUUCCAGGGGACCCUUUCCAGUUAAAAGAGGACCAUCUUCGAGAAGUGGAGGUCCUCCUCCUAAAAGAUCUGCUCAAAGACCAAGCAGUAGUGGGAUGGGAAGACAAGGCUCAGUGUCACGUGGAAGACAAAAUUAUGGAGCUUCUCCUCACAGAGAGCCAGUCUCUUUUCGGAGAGUUGGCUAUAUGUCACAAAGAGAUGGUGGUUAUGCUACUAAAGAUAGUUAUUCAAGCAGAGCUUAUCCAAGCUCCCGAGACAGCAAGGAUUAUACUCCACCACGUAGAGUCAAUGCAUACCGUUAUUAUGGACAUUCAAGUUCUUGGAAUGAUCAUCCCUCUGGAGAACAUAGUGAUCGUGAUGGCUGUGGUGGAAGUCGUGAUAGAGAUUAUUCUGAAUAUCGAAGUGGAAGGUCUUACAGGGAUUCAUAUGGGAGUUACGGUGACUCCCGUGGUGCACCAGCAGCACAAAGGGCCCCUGUGACUUACGGUGGAAGCAGUCGCUAUGAUAGCAAUACAACAGAUGGAUAUGGAGGAGGUCCGGAAGGUUACUCAAGCAGCCAAAGUAAUACUUAUUCAAGUGGUCGUGAGCGUGGAAGACAAGAACCACCAGGGUUUCCACCCUCUGUGAAUGGGGGCUACCUUGCUCCUCGUGACUCAUACAGUAGCUCAGGUUGUGGGGCUUCCAGGGGAGGUUAUGCGGGAAGCCAAUAUGAAUGA